AUGAAUAGAGGGUACAUUAAAACAAUGUUUGCUCUUUUCAUUUUGCUUUUAUAUGCGAGAAAUAGAGCCUUUGCAAGUGAGUCAAUUUCAGAUGUGGGUGAUUCAAAUACUGUUUCUACACAAAAUAUUGCUAAUUUGGAUGAAAAUCAUGAAAAUGGAGACUUACUAGCAUGUACUGAUUAUGAAGAAGUUAAUAAAGCAUCAGAAAUUAUGGACGAUGUUAUAGAUCGUUUAAAAUACUAUGGUAAUUAUAAUAGUAAUUACAGUUGUUAUUAUACAAUCGAAGAAAGGGGAUUUAUAUCUUUUACGGACUAUGGAGGUAUAGAUGUUGCAAAAUUUUAUCUUAAAAUCCGCGAUCCAAAUAAGUAUGAUCAAAUAGUAAAAAUGUUAUAUGAAGCCAAGGAUUCAUAUGGUUUCGGUUCCAAUGAUAAUAAAGCAAAAAUUGUUCGUGAAUACUAUCCAAAUUUAACACUGAUACAAAAAUAUAGCGACACACCAUUCCAUAAAUAUAGUUUUGGAUUAUUUACAAUAGUUGAAGAAUCAAAUACAACGAUUUUUGCCAAUACAUCGAUAAAUAUAAAUGACGAAACCAGUGCCAAUAAAAAAAAGGGCGAAAAAGAUGUAAAUUUGUCCAAUAAUCAUAUUGAUUUUGACGAUGUUAUUAGACAGAUAGUAUUAAAAAAUUUGUUUACUAAUUUUUUCGGAUUUAUUAUCACAAAAAAACACGAUAACGUUUGUAUUACCUAUGUCGAAUCCAACCGAGAUGAUAAAUCCUAUCCAGAAGAUUCUGAUAAGAGAAAGCGUAGAGCACAAAAUAUGUUAAAUUUAAUGAACACCUUGCUAUAUGACUUUAAAAGUUAA